AUGGCAUUGACAUUAUUCACCGUCUUUCCAGAACUGCCUCUCGAGCUCCGCAGAGAGAUAUGGCGCCGUACUCUGCCUGAGAGGGUUCCAACAUUAUACCCGUACUGGAACAGCUCUUGGGACGUCCGAUACUUGAAAGAAUCAGAUGCUGGGUACCAACCCGACGUUGUUGGGCAGGACCUGAUCAUGGAAUUUAACAUCCGUGAUCUCAGAGCGGCUCACGUCGAAUUGCCGUCAGUCUACGUCAAUCGAGAGGCUCGCGAGGUUGCUCUCGCUUGGGCCCGACAGCACGGCAUUCGAAUACAGAGCUACGGAUAUACGGGCCUACCUUUUUUCAGGCAGCCCUUUCAAGCUUCGUACGACGCGUUGUAUGUUUCUGCAGAUCAAUGGCAUGAAUUCAAAGACGGGCCACGAGAACUUCUCUCUUAUCCAGAUAUAGAGGACAGGGAAACUCAGGUCACCAAUGCAUCAGUGCGCCACAUUGCUGUGCCAGAAUCUUUACUUCACGCCGCCGAUGUAGCAGGGCUCCUUGAAGAUCUCGAGUUUUACCCAAACUUCAGUACUCUGUUUGUUAUUCUAAAUUCAGAACCGGAUUUCGAGCCUACAGAUGGCAAUCUCCGAAUGCAGCCGCAGUGGAAGCUUGAACAAACACGAGGAGGUUUCACUUGGGAUCAAAGUCUUUGCGCUUUUACGCAGGAGCAUGUUAAAUGCAUGGAUCAUCCACUUGAAGUGUCACUUGAAGGAAUAAGACUGGCUUGUCGAGCACUCGCGAUGGCCCUCAUCAAAUGCCCUCGCAGUUUCAAGAUAAAGCCCGCUUUUGCAGUCAAGCAUUUGUAA